GUUAACACACUGCUUCGGUAACUCAGGGUACCAUUCGCUACAGCCCCUACUCCCUCCUUCCUCUCGCGCUCGCCGCCUGCUCUCUGUCGCCGUCCUCCACAGAUUUGCCGACUUCCGGCCAUCGGAAACGAAAAAAGGUUUUGAAAAUGCUGAGGUGGUGUACGUCUGCGGGUAGAUCUAUGACAUGUAAGCGGUGGUUUUCUUCGUUGAACAAUGAUAAAAUUGUGGCUUCUGUGUUGUUCGAGAGAUUACCAGUUGUUGUUCCCAAAAUCGAUCCAACUGUAUAUGCUUUUCAAGAAUUUUCGUUUCGUUGGAGGCAGCAGUAUCGGCGGGAGUAUCCAGAAAGUUUUCUGAAGAAGUCUGAUACCAGGGGAAAAGGUGAUUAUCAAAUUGAUUAUAAACCAGCUCCUCGAAUCUCAGAGGCUGAUAAAGCUAAUGAUCAAAGAUCAUUACAGCGAGCACUAGACAGGAGACUCUAUCUUCUUGUUCAUGGUACCACACAUGGCUCUCAUAGUGGAAAGCCUGUCUGGCAUUUUCCAGAAAAAGUUUAUGAGUCUGAAGAGACCCUGCGCAAGUGUGCUGAGUCUGCCCUAGAAUCUGUAAUUGGAGAUCUUUCACAUACAUAUUUUGUUGGAAAUGCCCCCAUGGGCCAUAUGGUGACAAAACCCACUGAAGAUAAGGAAAUUCCAUCAAUUAAGCGCUUCUUCUUCAAAUCCCAAGUUAUUGCAACCAACAAAUUUGAUAUUAGGAAGUGUGAUGAUUUUGUCUGGGUGACAAAAGAUGAGCUGUUGGAAUACUUUCCUGAGCAAGCUGAAUUUCUGAACAAGGUGAUCAUCAGCUGAUGUUGGUUUAUAUUCAAACUUUAGGCUUGGUAGGAUACCGGAAAUAGUUUUGAUUAUAUACCGAUGUGAAAAUCCAUUUCUUCCUACCAAAGUAAUGGGUUUUGAGUGCGGGAUUAUUUUAUGUCCUAACAGUAAGAAGAUCUGACUGCAAGUUGCCAGUGCGUCAUUCAUCAAGUUUUGUAGAAUUUUGAACAUAGGAUACUAAAACUGAAAAGGCCUUCUGCCUCCGUAUUCCCCCUGUUCCUCCUUCUAAGAAGCUAUGUUCAGAACUCUGAAUUAUUCAUGCAAUUCAGUAUGAAUUUGCUUGUGGAUGAUGAUCUUAUCUCCUGCCAUGAAAUAAAUUACAUGUUUUAGCCUUAA